CCCAAACCCGCAAGAGAACUAAAACCUGGCCCGCCUGCAACUCUCGUGCGCUGCACCCAUACCCUUCUCUCUCUCCUUUCUAUUAUUAGCAUCACCAUUCGAACCCGUUCAGCCCCAUUCACUGCACGCCAUCGCAUCGCAUCACCGUACUCACUCGCACAUGUGGUUGAGUCCAUGCUAAUGCUAAUACCUGGGCGGCCAUACAACUGACCUGCAAGUAUACCUGCAAGUAUUCGCCUGCUCUGCCCUGGCCGUGUACCUGCUCGACCCUCUCUUCCCGCCUCUCUCGAUCCUUCUCGGAGCCAGGCCCACCAGCCCAGCGGCCCGUUCCCCCUCGCCUCUGCGAAGCAGUAAAUAUAGCUCGCCAUCUGCCCUCGACCCGGCCCCUUCAUAGCUAUCUUUAUCCCACUCCUCCACUUUUUCGCCUGUCUUCCUGCUCCUUCCUCACCUUGGUCCUUGCAAACAACAGCCUCUCCGCAGGACACUACUCCAGGCCUAGUUUCGACGAGACCCAAAGCUGGCUUGCAAGGCCAGCGCCGCAAGGCCGCACCCACUGGAAAUAGAGUCCCCGUCUAUUGUCGCUACCAAUUCCUGUUACAUCGCUGCGAUAGGCACCUAGUGUCUCAAGCCCUUCAAUAUGGGUCGCAGAAAGAUCGAAAUCAAGGCUAUCAAGGAUGAUAGAAACCGCUCUGUAACCUUUCUGAAGCGCAAGGGCGGUCUCUUCAAGAAGGCACAUGAGCUCUCCGUCCUGUGCUCCGUGGAUGUCGCCGUCUUCAUCUUUGGCCAGAACAAGAAGCUGUACGAGUACUCGUCCGGCGACAUGCGGGAGCUGAUCACAAGGUACACCUACCACGGCGGGCCGAACGAGCACAAAGGACCCGCGGACUUCAACGGAGGCGCUGAUGACGACGAGGACGACGACGGAGAUGCCACCCCGCCCCAUGGCGAGCGCAUGGGAACUCCCAUGAUGCCCCAGCACUUCCAAGGCCAGCCGCCAUUCCCACACAUGAGGCACCACACUCCAUCAGCAUCUCCGCCCAUUCCAAACGGCGUCCCCUUCCCUCAGCAUGCUCCCCAGGGCGUCCAGAGGGUGCACACCCCUCAGCCACAGAUCGGCUCGCGGCCGGGCUCGCGGAAUGACAUGAGACGCAUGCCUCCUCACAUGGUCCCUCCACAGGUAGGCCCCCACGGGCCUCCCCAAGGCCCUCAGGUCAAUGGCUAUGCAUACAUCCCUCAGCCGGCCAUCUACAACCCGCAGAACCCGAACAUGCCCCAACCCGGCCAUCAGUAUCCUUAUGCUCCGCCACCGCCUCACAUGCAGCAGUAUAUGGAGAACCACCACAGGCAGUCUUCGGUCCCUCCAAACUUCCCCCCGCAACCUCAGCAACAUCAGCAACCGCCGCCACCCGUUAGACAUUCGCUCUCGCCGCCACAGCAGACCCACGGCCUCCCAGCGCAGCCUGCACCACAACCACAACCACAACCACAGCAGCAGCAGCAGCAGCAGCAGCAGCAACAGCAACAACCACAACCAUCACCGCAACCUCCCCACUCGGAAAUCCGCAGCCCGCCGCCUCCGCCACCUCCUCAGUCGCAGCCUCAGAGCCAAGAAGCCGCGCCAGCGCCAGUGCAGCCCAAGCCGGAAGCAAGCGACAGACUUAUGCCACAGGCGCCUCUGCUCGAUACGGCCUCAGCUAUCAAGAAGAUGCCUCAAAGGAAACAGCACAGCAUCUUUACGCCAAUCGACGAGAACCGCUCUGUCCUGUCCCAGCAUCUGGCUGCAUUUGCGGAGCACAGUGGCAAGGCUGACCCCAAUGGCAACCGGUCACAGUCAAUGGACAUGCCCUCUUCCCUGCGGAACACCACGUCUCCGCCACAGGCUCCCAAGAGGGCAGAGACUGGCCCAGCUCCACCAAAGCGACAAGUUUCCGUGUCCUCCAUACCCGAGGCAGAGUUCACUCCACCCUCACGCACCAACAGCUUGCGUACUGGCGGCGGUGCGCGACCCCGCCUCAAGGUGCAAAUUCCCGACGAGCCAUCAGAUGCCGGUAGCAACACAGCAGAGUCCAGUUCCGCUGGUCCUGGUCACUCCACUGACGCUACGUCACAAACAACGCGGCCUGGUGACUCCCACUCGUCCGGGAUAGUGCUCCCACCGCCCUCGCCGUCUGCCACCACCACACUACUCUCGGCCGGCGCAACUGGGCCCCCAAACCCCUUUGCCCGUCCGCCCAACCCAAACAAUCAGAAUCACAUGAACAUUGAUACCCCGGCCUCUGCACUUCCCUCUCGGUACAUGAACAACGAGUUCCUACCUAGUCCAAGUUCGUUCUUCCCAGACAUGUAUGCACGAGGCCACGACAGCAACACCCUUCCUAGCCCUCUCAACUUUGCAACUCCCGUUGUUGGAUCAGGCCCUAGCUUCCUGCGUGAGGAGCUUUCCAAUACUGGCAAGAGAAAGAGCCCGGAGAUGAACAGCAACGGCCCGCCUUCAGACCCCAUGGAGCCUAGCAACGAGCCCAAGCGACUCAAGGUCGGCAACUGAGGCAGAGACGGGUUGAUGAAAACAAAUUCAUUGGGUGGAAACUGUACAUUAUUCUCUAAAAACGUUUGUCCAAAAGAUGGAACGCUUCGCGGCAUUUUCUUUGUCGGGUAUACCGAUCGAUUAUGAGUAUUGAAACUGUCUUUUGGUCGUCAGCUCCACCGCACGGUCUGGCAUCCAAUUUUGCUUUGCGGCAUUGCGGUGGAGUCUAAAGGAAAGAGGGGUGGUCAUUUGUGUUUUUAAGGUUACGAAAUGGUGGAGGAUCGGAUGUGGUGCAGAUAUGAUCUGGGAAUGUGGAGUUCUCACGCCGAUUUACUUUUUUCGUCUUCAUACGUACAACUUGUGGUGACACAAUGAGCUUUUGCUUUGGUUGGGUGAGCUGUUCAUCGUCGCGAAGCCCUCGUUGGUGUUGGCGGCAGCCUUUCUGUUAGCUUGAGGCCAGUGUGACGAAGAGCCUGGAUAUAGGGUCUCGGGAACAGGCAUGUGGAAAAUGAAUGAUACAUAGACUAAUGGAACCAAAAGUGCUACUCUGA